CCGGCCCGGGCUCCGGCAGCGGCGGCGGCGGCGCGCGCGCGCAGGCGUUGCACCUGGCGCCCUCUUCGGGGCUCCUCGUCGCCAGGACAACCGGCUUCGCCGCCGCGCCUCUGCCAUGGUUUUCUCAAAUAAUGAUGAAGCCCUUAUUAACAAAAAACUACCCAAAGAACUUCUCUUAAGAAUAUUCUCUUUCUUGGACAUAGUUACUUUGUGCCGAUGCGCACAAGUUUCCAAGGCAUGGAAUGUUUUAGCUCUGGAUGGAAGCAAUUGGCAAAGAAUAGACCUCUUUAACUUUCAAACGGACAUAGAGGGCCGUGUUGUGGAAAAUAUAUCGAAAAGGUGUGGUGGGUUCCUGAGGCAACUUAGUCUGAGAGGAUGUCUUGGUGUUGGAGACUCCUCUUUAAAGACCUUUGCACAGAACUGCAGGAACAUCGAACACCUAAAUCUAAACGGCUGCACAAAAAUCACCGACAGCACGUGUUACAGUCUUAGCAGGUUCUGUUCCAAGCUGAAACAUCUGGAUCUGACAUCUUGCGUAGCCAUCACAAACAGCUCUCUGAAAGGCUUAAGUGAGGGUUGCAGAAAUCUGGAACAUUUGAAUCUUUCCUGGUGUGAUCAGAUUACGAAGGAUGGUAUUGAAGCACUGGUGAAAGGGUGUAGUGGACUAAAAGCUCUAUUUCUUAGAGGUUGCACACAGUUAGAGGAUGAAGCAUUGAAACACAUUCAGAAUCACUGUCAUGAACUUGCAAUCCUGAAUUUGCAGUCCUGUACACAAAUCUCAGAUGAAGGCAUUGUAAAAAUCUGUAGAGGAUGCCACAGACUUCAGUCUCUCUGUGUUUCAGGCUGUAGCAACCUUACAGAUGCUUCUCUCACAGCACUUGGUCUAAACUGUCCAAGGCUGAAGAUUUUGGAAGCUGCAAGAUGUUCACACCUAACAGAUGCUGGUUUUACCCUUUUAGCACGGAACUGCCAUGAGCUGGAGAAGAUGGACUUGGAGGAGUGUGUUUUGAUAACUGACAGCACCUUGAUACAACUUUCUAUACACUGUCCUAAGCUCCAAGCAUUGAGCUUAUCUCACUGUGAACUGAUCACCGACGACGGGAUUCUUCAUCUGAGCAACAGCACGUGUGGGCACGAGAGGCUGCAGGUCCUGGAGCUCGAUAACUGUCUUCUCAUCACCGACGUGACGCUGGAGCACCUGGAGAACUGCCACAACCUGGAGCGGAUCGAGCUGUACGACUGCCAGCAAGUCACGCGGGCCGGGAUCAAACGCAUCCGGGCUCACCUACCUCACGUGAAGGUCCACGCCUACUUCGCCCCGGUGACGCCGCCGCCGUCGGUGGGAGGCAGCGGCCAGCGCCUCUGCAGAUGCUGCACCAUCCUGUGA